CUCCGGGCAUCAGUGCACGCGUGUGGACGGGUACUGUUUACUGCACGUGUUUGGAUACAUGUGAUUUGUUUGUGUAUUACCUAUAUUUACCUGUACACAUCAAGAGAUUAUCAGAGACAUCCUUUGCUUGUCAACUAACAGGAGACUUGAGGGUGUGUGUGACACUGGACCGUUAUAGAUUAUCUGAACUCCUCGGCAGACUGAAGCGGUCAAGCUUGUGUGAUUGGUGGAUCUCAUAAGUGAUGUCACCAGACCUGACCAAUCGGAGCAGUGAACAGUAACAGGAUGAUUCUGUGGGUUGUACUAGUGAGUGCCUCCAUUGCUGUGGCCUCAGGUCAGGAAGCCGACUUCAAAUACACUUUGCAAGAGGAAAAACCUAACGGAACUGUUGUUGGAAACAUUGCUUCGGACGUGCGGCCAAGGAUCAAUGUGACAGACACUGUGUUCAGUAAGCUUCGGUAUCAGCUGCUCACAGAAGGUAACGUGUUUGCCAAACUGUUCUCACUCGACGAACAGAGUGGUAGUUUGACAGCGACCAAGAUUGACCGUGAGAAAGUCUGUGAGGACCAGGAAACGUGUGACCUUCGCCUGUCAGUUGCUAUCUUUAAGGAUGACCCCGACCACCCAAAUAACCCAGAUCUUAUAAAACUACUCCUCAUCGAUGUUAUUGUCCAGGAUAUGAACGAUCACCCACCGGUCUUCUCCCCUCCAGAGGUAGUUGUCUCUAUCUCGGAGACCGUCAGUAUUGGGUACAUCAUACCGAUUGAUGAGGCGACAGACCAGGACAGCGGCGCCAACAACUCCGUACAAACAUAUGAGUUUGUCACUGUUCAAGAUGUGUUCCGCCUGAAAUUUCCUACAGAUCUGAACAACAUACCUACUCUAGAAAUAGAGGUGAACAAACGCUUGAAUUAUGAGUUGGAAAAAACGUACCAGUUAGUAAUUGUAGCUAAAGAUGGUGGGUCUCCCCAGAAGAGUGGUAGUGUAACUAUACGUAUUAAUGUGUUGGACGAGAACGACAAUUCACCUGAGUUCACCAAGUCUGAGUAUAAGGCUGUGACAGUGGAGAACCGUGGCCUGGGAGAGGUUGUCGUCCAGGUAACAGCCAGGGACUUGGACUCCGGGGACAAAGGAACUGUAUCUUACAGGUUCAACCCAAGCUCCAUACCUAGUGUGUUUGGAAUAAAUGAUACCUCUGGAGAUAUAUGUUGCUGGAAGAUAGAUUACGAGGCCGAGCAGAGUUUUUCUUUUUUCGUACAAGCUGUGGAUGGUGGAGUCCAACCACUAACUUCCUCUGCAUUGGUGGUCAUCACUGUAACAGAUGUUAAUGACAACGCACCACAGGUCAACAUCAACCUGCCACCUGGUGGUGAAGUGAUUUCUGAGGCUGCGGAAGCAGGGCGAUACAUUGCCAAUGUGGCAGUGUCCGAUCCAGACAGUGGGGCAUUUCGGCAAUGUGACCUGUCAGUUACACAGCGAUUACUUCAAAAUGGAGACCCUUUAUAUCAACAUGUACAAGUUCUGCUGAAACAGAGGUUGGACAGAGAGGUCAAGGCCAUACAUAAUGUCAGUGUGGUCUGUGCUGAUGGAGGCUCACCCAACCUUGUCACCACCACCAGUUUUAUCAUCCAUGUCGGCGACGUCAAUGAUAACCCUCCCAUCUUCACACACUCACAAUACAAUGUAUCAAUAUAUGAAAAUAAUCAGGUGGGUGCACCGGUCACCAUAGUAACGGCCAUGGAUAAGGAUGAUGGAGAGAAUGGUAGAGUAAGAUACAGCCUGUCUGGGAAUGAGGAUGACUUUUUCUCCAUUAAUGAAGACUCUGGAGUGGUCAGUGCUAACGUCGUGUUUGAUAGAGAGACACACUCAAAGCUAGAGUUUCAGGUCGUGGCCACAGACAGUAACGUUAUAACAAAGUUCAGCACUACAGCCACAGUGAUGGUAACGGUCCGGGACAUCAAUGACAACCAGCCGUCUUUUUCACAGGAAAGUGUACACAUUUACUGUACAGGAGAACCAGGCUCCAGCACUGUGAUUGGUCAGUUGUUUGCCUACGAUAAAGACAUUGGUGCUAACGGAAACAUCCAUUUCCCUCCGACACACCCGUACACCAGUAUCUUUGAGAUCAUUCAAAGCACUGGACAGAUCCAGACCAAGGUUGUACUGGACCGGGAGAAUCAGGGAAUGUAUGAUUUCCAUGUGACUGCCGAGGACAAUGGUCAGCCCGCCCUACAGACGACCACUAAUGUGGUGAUAGUUGUCGAGGACGUCAACGACAACGUACCAAACGUAACGUUCCCUACCAGCGCCAACAACACCGUCACCAUAACACCCAGUAAGUCUCGGGGCACGAUCGUUACCAAGGUGAUGGCGUCCGACCCAGACCAGGGUGUAAACUCAGAACUUUCAUACGUGGUGAUGAAGGGUGGUAGUAGUCUGUUUCAUGUGGACAACAAGACAGGUGUGGUUAGUCUGGGACAGGACCUUACGGAGGGACAAAUUGGGACCUACGCCAUACUGCUGGCUGUCCAGGACUCCGGCAACCCAAGUCAGACAACCUGGUCUGAUCUCGUGAUCAUUGUCAGCAACCCUGAUGCCAACAAGAAUGUGAUAAUUGUCAUAGCUGUGAUAUCCGUCACUGUGACCUUGUCUCUGGGUAUGAUCAUCAUGAUCUGUCUUAUUCGGCGCCAAGAUUCCAGAACGUUUGACAAUGGGGAUGGCAAAUUGACUGAUCAUAAGAAGAAGUUUGUGUUGGACUGGCUACAUUGUCUGUCCACCUCCACACGAGAUGUCCACAAACUUGGUACUGAUAGGCCAGAUGUGCAGCUCAACCGCCCCACUGAUCUGAAGCCAAUAUGUUCCAACGACAGCACAGCAUCAGAGGGCAGCCAGGACUGCAAGAAUGAGUCCAAAGAGAAUAUCGGGCGGACAGACGAAGAUGAGGGGUUCGUAGAGACACCAGGUGGUACUUUGUCACAUGACAGUGGUCGUGGUGACAGUGUCCGUACACGUCACGACAGUUCUAUGAGCCAACAGGAACUGAUGAUGAGUCAAGAUUCCAGACUGUUUUACUCAUUGCCACGGUACCCAACAGGAAGUGGGGAUACAGUAAGUGACACACGAUUCUCUACAGCCACAUCAGAAGGUGUUUCUAUACCAGAGAGCUGGCAAAAUCGACCAGUGCCAUCUCGACCAGUUUACAACAGGAACAUCAGUCUGGAUGAACAAAUGUUACGAGAUAGACAGAAAGGUCAAACAUUGUCAAGUUUUCGUGAAGAUGCAAGGUUUUCUUCAACAGACUCGGCCAUUGUGCCUGUGAGUAAGAACUAUAAACAGAGUAAUCCAAUAGGAUUAGGAUUAUCGUACGAUAGUCAUACAUUACACAGACAUUUACCGGGCCAGUAUCCUCGAUCUUCAAACAGCGCUUCUACAAAACUGGCUCAAAAGCGAACACUUUCCCCAAUUAGUGCGACCCCUGAGCCAAGUGAGGGUGGUUUCUCUAACUCGUCAUCUUCUUACGCACCCCACCCUCGCUCUCCCUCCCAUCAGCCAUAUUCUGGAGUUCAUUUCUUCAAGUCUGGUUCCCAGUCCAGCAGUCAGUCACAAACUGGAACCUCAAUGAACAGUUUACGACAGGACUCAGUACAGCUAGAGUUUGAUAUAGAGAAUCGACUCAACAGAGAGGACUGUAUAGUGUAAUAGUUGUCAGUGUCCCAAGUUGGUCGAGGGGCUGUGGACAGAUACAUGACCUUUAGAGGUCAUGGAAGGAUAUGGACCAGUUGCUGAUCUCAUGUUUAAAUGAUAUCCAAAAGUGCCAAAUAUUAGAAUAUAGAUUUAAGUGUAAUUGUGUCUGAAUGAAGUGAGAUUGUUGAAAGGAGAUAUAUUGUCUGUUAAGAAACCCAGAUAGUUUCUAGGGGAGAUAAUGCUGAGUGUGGGUGUGUUCUAUAUAUGGUAUGUAUAUGAUUGUUGAGGUUUAGAUACUAUAUAUAGCUGCUAGUUACUGCCAAGUCUGUUUGUUGCCUAUAUAUAUAUAUAUAUAUAUAUUGUGUUUUUGAUACUAUCAAAGUUUACUUGAUGUAGAAAAUAUUGAUUCCAUUAUCAAAGAAUAACUUGUAUCAUUUUAAUGGAAAAUUUAUAUGAAUAAUUUAUUUCUUGCGAUGUUGAAUUCAUAAAUGAAACUGUGUCAUAUUCAUAAAAAGGACUGAAUUUUGUAGAACUGUUUUUUGCUGUGUUAUAAGCAGAGUAUUUUAUUAUGCAUGUAUUUAACAUCACGGUAGAGAGGUACAUGCUCGGAAACAGAUAUACUGUGUUGUAGUGAAAUAAAAUAUCACGGACAACAGUGUAUACAUUUGCUGAAACACACUUUCUCAUGUUUAAGAAAUCUUACAAACAAGUCACGAAGCAAACAAACUUAUGUAAACUAAAGAUUUAUUGGCUAGUAGGAAGAGAUACUAAAGGAAACAGCUGAUAAUGUGUUUUAUUAUAUAAUAUUUACUAGGGUAGCAUUUGUAGUUCAUGAGAGGUAAAACAUACAAAAUGAUGAAAUCUUGUGUGGAAAUCAGUUCUGGUAUACAAUACAGUUAAUGAAAUCUUGUGUGGAAAUCAGUUCUGUAUACAAUACAGUUAAUGAAAUCUCGUCUGGAAAUCAGUUCUGGUAUACAAUACAGUUAAUGAAAUCUCAUGUGGAAAUCAGUUCUGGUAUACAAUACAGUUAAUGAAAUCUUGUGUGGAAUUCAGUUCUGGUAUACAAUACAGCUAAUGAAAUCUCGUGUGGAAAUCAGUUCUGGUAUACAAUACAGCUAAUGAAAUUUGUGUGGAAUUCAGUUUUGGUAUACAAUACAGCUAAUGAAAUCUUGUGUGGAAAUCAGUUCUGGUAUACAAUACAGCUAAUGAAAUCUCGUGUUGAAAUCAGUUCUGAUAUACAAUACAGUUAAUGAAAUCUUGUCUGGAAAUCAGUUCUGGUAUACAAUACAGUUAAUGAAAUCUUGUGUGGAAAUCAGUUCUGGUAUACAAUACAGUUAAUGAAAUCUUGUGUGGAAAUCAGUUCUGGUAUACAAUACAGCUAAUGAAAUCUCAUGUGGAAAUCAGUUCUGGUAUACAAUACAGUUAAUGAAAUCUCGUGUGGAAAUCAGUUCUGGUAUACAAUACAGUUAAUGAAAUCUUGUGUGGAAAUCAGUUCUGGUAUACAAUACAGUUAAUGAAAUCUUGUGUGGAAAUCAAUUCUGUAUACAAUACAGUUAAUGAAAUCUUGUGUGGAAAUCAGUUCUGGUAUACAAUACAGUUAAUGAAAUCUUGUGUGGAAAUCAGUUCUUGUAUACAAUACAGUUAAUGAAAUCUCGUCUGGAAAUCAGUUCUGGUAUACAAUACAGUUAAUGAAAUCUUGUCUGGAAAUCAGUUCUGUAUACGAUACAAUUAAUGAAAUCUCAUGUGGAAAUUAGUUCUGUAUACAAUACAGGAAUUUCUGAACCAUGUUGGCAUUCAGAUUAGAAAUAUUUUGAAAAGGAGGACAACUUGUUUCAUAUUUGCUGAGUUGUGUAAGAGAUCAUGUUAUAAGUCAGUUUGGGAUGUUCCUGUACAUAUCAACUUAUCAACUGGUAACAUUUCAAAUAUUAAAUUGUUGCAUUUAUAAAACUAGAAAUAAAAGAAAAUAUUUUGAA